AUGAUUGAAGCAGUGACUCCCGGUCAACGUCUCGGCUAUGCUGACGAUUACAUAGCCGGUCCUGGCACUUAUAUUCGCGACGGUUUGCUGUAUGCUAGCGUCGUUGGUUUGCGCCACAUUGAACCUGCCACAGACGGCCAGCUGCCAACUAUUAGUGUUUCAAAAGAAAAGGAGCAAUCAGCUGUACCGGAAGUCGGCAAUGUGAUUACCGGCAAAGUCAUUCGAGUCAAUCCUCACCAGGCUGUCGUUGCCAUCAUGGUGGUCAAUGAUGUGCCUUGCAAAGAAGAUUUCAUGGGUGCUAUUCGUAUUCAAGACGUCCGAGCCGCCGAAAAGGAUAAAAUCAAGAUUUACAAUUCAUUUCGUCCCGGCGAUAUUGUGCGCGCCGAAGUGAUUUCCUUGGGCGACGCAAGAUCAUACUAUUUGACUACAGCCAAAAAUGAGCUCGGCGUUGUAUUUGCCACUAGUGUUGCAGGCGCCACCAUGAUCCCUAUUUCAUGGCAAGAAAUGCAAUGCCCCAUUACCAAAACAAUCGAAUACCGUAAAUGCGCCAAACCGAUGUAA